AUGAUAAUAGUAAAGCCCCAUCCUGAUGGUGCAUUACUUAAGAAGUUAAUGGCUGAUGGAAUAGAUGCACCAAUGGAUGCCGCUAACGAAUCAAAUACUAAUGUUGGGAUUUAUAUUCAAUUCCCGCUACUGGGCCUUGAGAUAUCGAGCCCUAAAGCGGCUGUACACAAAAAAUUAUUAAAUAAAAUUCCCAUACGGCCUUUUUGGGACUCCAUUGGUGGCGGUGAUUAA